UUGAACUUCCCUUCAUGAUAAAAAUGGAAUAUCCCUUCGUUAUAGACACGCAACGCAAGUACAAUCUGGUAUUAGUUACGCAGUUCGUUUUCGUGAUGGUGUGCAGUUGGGGAGCUGGUUUAUUCAACGCUCUGUUUCUAACACUGACCCUACACGUGGGCAGUCAAAUGAACAUUCUGCUUUGCUGGUUGACGAAACUUGGAUCCAAAGACAUCGAAAACAAGCAUGAUUCAUUCGUUACUGUCACGACGAAAAUCAUUCAAAAGCAUCAAAAAAUUAUCAAUCUUUCAGAGAACGUUGAAAAUCUCUAUUCAUACAUCGCUUUGCUUCACUUCACAUUAAAUAUAGUGAUGAUUUGCUCAUUAGCAUUUCUUAUUGUGACUGCAAUCGGCACUCCCGAUGCCACUGAACAAAUAGUGAGAUCUCUUUUAUUUUAUGUUGUAACGAACCUCGAAGCGUUUAUAUUUUGCUUCGCUGGAGAAUAUCUGAGCAAUAAGAGCAAAGCGAUCGGAAAUGCAGCAUAUAAUUCUACCUGGUACGAUAUGAAAGCUAAGGAUAGUCGUGUUCUAUUAUUUAUAAUUUUAAGAUCUCAAAGACAAUUGAAGCUUACGGCGGGCAAGAUGACAGUUCUUUCCUUUGAGUGCUUUACAAAUAUUAUGAAAGCUUCAGGAUCGUAUUUAUCGGUACUACUGGCAAUGAAAUAAACGUCGCAAUAUCUCUUAUGUAACUAAUGCUUUGUGACAGUCGCCUGAAGUAACAAACCAAGUGA